AUGCGCCGGGGUUCGUCUCGAGUGUCCUUUGUGCGGGCGCAGAUGAUCCCCCAGCACUUGAAGGCACAGGAAGCAGCCUCGCGGUUGACCUACGCAAGGACAGGGGUGCGACACACCAUCAUGACACAGCCUGUGACUUGGCGGGGGAAGCUGCGGAGAGUCGUGUAUUCGAACCACUUUAACAACGUCAUCAUGGCCCUCAUCGUGGGCAAUGCGGCCCUAUUGGGCAUUGAGAUCGAUGUUUCUGCACGCGUGGGCCAGGACGAUAUCCCCGUGUGGUUCGGCGCUUUGAAUACGGUGGCGGUGUGCGUUUUCGUGUGCGAGAGCAUCCUGAAGUUGGUGGCUGUUGGUUGCCAUGAGUUUUGGAGAGGUGAGGACUGCGUAUGGAAUAUCUUUGACUUUGUGAUCGUCUCCAUCUCUGUGGCAGAGACUUUGGUGGACUACAUGGCGGCCACGAUUUCGGCCGCGGAUGGCUCCAACUCCUUCCGCGUCAUGCGGGCGCUGCGCCUGGCGCGGACGCUGCGGGGGGUGCGAAUCAUCCGCGUUUUCAGAUAUUUCAGCGCUUUGCGAGGCUUAAUCCUCUCUAUCUUUAGCACUUUGGGAUCUUUGCUGUGGACGUUGCUGUUGCUGCUCAUCGUGUUCUAUGUCUUCUCCUGUAUUUUUACACAGCUUGUGACGGACUAUUGCCGUUUUGAGACCAUCGAAAAGGAAAGCGACCCCAACGCGGUUCCAGUGUGCCCACCCUUACUACAAGAAUAUUGGUCCAGCAUCCUCAACAGUAUGAUGACACUCUUUUUCUCAAUCACUGGCGGCGUCAAUUGGUACGAUGUGUAUGUACCCUUGAGGGACGUCUCGCAACUUGCGAUUGGCCUGAUGAAUCUUUACAUUGUGAUUGGUUUCUUCACGAUAUUGAAUGUCGUUACUGGCGUGUUCGUCAAUACCGCCAUCGAGAGUGCCAGUGCAGACAAGGAUAUCGCGACCUUGAAGCAGAUGCACAAGAGGGUCGCACAAAUGGAGUCCUUGCGUCAAAUCUUCUACGAGAUUGACGAGAGCAAUGCCAACCAAGUCAGCAUCGAUGAGCUUGAGGAGGCUCUUUCAGAAAACAAACUUGGCACCUUCAUGGAAUCAUUGGGCAUCUCCACGGAUGAUGUGUGGAGCCUUUUUGUUUUGAUCGAUGCGGAUGACAACGGCAUUGUCGAUCUGGAGGAAUUUGUCAAUGGCUGCAUGCAAUUACAUGGCCCUGCCAAGAGUUUGCAGGAACCGGGUAGAGAGCACAUUGCAAAUGCUCAGAUGCUAGGACAAGCGAUCAAACUCUUGAGCGAAAAUAUCAAGGAGGUCAAGGCCAUGAUCGGCCUCGCGCUGAAGUACCGCCUGGUACUCGAGACCGCCUGUGGCGGUGCGAAAAAGGGCGGCGCAGCAGUGGCCUAG